GCACCGUCGCAUCUUAUAGGCCUGUUAAUAUCCUAUCAAGACCUCAGCUUACAUACUAGUUAGUUGUAGAAAGGCUUUUGUUGCCAGGUAUACAUAUACACUAUGACCAUUCACAAAUCGUAUUCAGAAAAGCUACUUGAGUUCUUGAUUUGUUCGUUUUCAUUCUUAGGGGGGCUGAUGCAAGCCAAGAAAUCAGCUAACAAGCCGUUCCGGGUCCCACCAAAGGACUACUACUUCGUCACCCCUCCACGAACUCCUCGAAUUCCACGACAUUGAAAAGAGCUUGUGAUUCAAACCUGACUCUAGCGGUCGUCUUGGUUAUAGAUUUGUACGAAACGUUAGCUAGAUUUUGCAUUAGCGUAGCCUAUUUAUCUUCCAAGCUAUUUUCGAUUUUAUCUUAUUUUCUAUUCUCUUUUUUGAGAUCUAGAUAUCAGCUACCUACUAUACCUUACUUACAUAGCCAAAUUCCUCCCCUCGUUUUGCUAUUCGAACCUAACACUACCCAUACACACAUAUUGCUAACGGAUUCGUUGGCAUCCAAUAUGGACAAAUUCCUCCAGAAGGCGGAAGAUGCUUUUAAAGAUGUGAAGGAGGCCUUGAAAGGGGAAAGCGAAGAGCAUGUCCAGCAGGGUAACGAGGAAGUUGAUGCCAGUACUCAGCAGGUCAACACCAACCAUCGUUUCCAGUCCUUUGCGCCUGAGACUACCGGCUCCGUGAAGUGGUAUGUCGAUGGCGCAUCCUACUUCUAUGCCGUAUCUUUGGCUCUUGAGGAGGCCAGGGAGAGUGUGUAUAUUCUAGAUUGGUGGCUGAGCCCGGAGCUCUACCUUCGUCGACCUCCGUCGCGCAAUGAGCAGUAUCGUCUCGAUAACAUGCUGCGGGCAGCUGCUGAGAGGGGUGUUGAGAUCCGCGUGAUCGUUUACAAGGAGGUCACCCAGGCCUUGACCCUGGACUCUGCGCACACCAAGCACGCCCUCGAGGCUUUACAUCCGAACAUUAAAGUAUUCAGGCAUCCCGAUCAUCUACCGACAGACCGAUCCAAGCUUGAGGCUGCUUUUUCCGGCUUAUCUCUGGACAACCUCAGACUGAACGACUUUAGCUUAUCUAAGGUAUCUGGUGAUGCACUUAAAGAACUUUAUGGUUCAUUCGGCGACACUGUCCUGUACUGGGCGCAUCAUGAGAAGUUAUGCGUCGUUGAUCGACGUCUCGCUUUCAUGGGUGGUCUUGAUAUGUGCUUUGGAAGAUACGAUACAAACAGCCAUCCUAUUGCCGAUGCGCACCCCGGUAACUUAGACAACAUUGUGUUCCCCGGUCAAGAUUUCAAUAAUGCUCGUGUCUAUGACUUUGAAGGUGUAGACAACUGGGAUCACAAUAAACUCGACCGAACCAAAAACUCGAGGAUGGGCUGGUCUGAUAUUGCUAUUUCCCUCAAAGGUCCUAUCGUGGAUAGUCUCAUCAACCACUUUACAGACCGAUGGAAUUUCAUUUUCAACGAGAAAUAUACCAAGAAAGAUCCUGGAAAGUAUGAGAGGGUUGCGCUCGGCGGGUAUGUCGAUAGGUCCCGUGGAGAAGAGCACCGUGGUAUGUUCGACGACUUCCAGGGCCAUUUCGGUCGAGGUUUAAGACGUCUCGUUGGCGAAGGAGGUGAAGAACACCACCGUAGCCGGGGUGGUGACGAUUAUGACUAUGACCAACCUAGCGGUGCCAAGAUCCAGCUCUGCAGAAGUUGCUGCGAUUGGUCUGCCGGCCAUCCUACAGAACACUCAAUUGCCAAUGCGUACAUCAAUGCUAUUGAGAACGCUAAGCACUUUGUCUAUAUCGAGAACCAGUUUUUCAUCACAGCUACAUCUGAUGAGCAGCAUCCCGUCGAGAACAAGAUAGGUGCCACAAUUGUAUCACGAAUCGUCCGCGCCUAUAACAACGGAGAGGACUUCCGUGUUAUUGUGUUGAUGCCAGCUGUGCCCGCGUUCGCCGGCGACCUGAAGUCCGAUGGUGCCCUUGGAACCCGUGCUAUUAUGGAAUUCCAAUACAACAGUAUCAACCGUGGUGGUCACAGUAUAAUCGAGUGCUUGCAACAGCAGGGCAUUGAUGACUGGCGCCGCUACAUAGGCUUCUACAACUUGCGUAACUACGACCGCAUCAACAUAUCUUCUACCCUAAGGCAGGUUGAACGAGAGAGUGGUGUGUCCUAUGAAGAUGCUCGUCGCGAAUACGACGACAGACAGCAAGGCUACAGUUAUGGCGAGAACCGUUAUGAUGAUGAGCGUAGUGACCGCUACGGAAAUGAUCGCUAUGAAGAGAACCGUGAUGGUGACGACAGCUAUGGCAGCGAUCGUUAUGGCAAUGAUCGCUACGAAAACCGCUACGGUGACGAGCGUUACGGUGACAACAGCUAUGGCAACGACGGCUAUGAAGAGAACCGUUAUGGCGAUAGCAGCUAUGGUGACAAUAGCUAUGAUAACGGCCGCUACGACAGUGAACGCAGGUACGGCGAUGAACGCUACGAUAACAAUGAUCAUGAGAGGCGUGACUACGACAAAUACAACCGCUACCAAUCUGCUGCCUCCCGCGUCGAUGACAGCACCUGGGACACCGUUUCCAGCUGCUACAUGGAGGGCGGCAAGGACAUCCGCGACGUCCCGUGGAACGGCAGCGAAGAGGACGAGAUCAACGCCUUCGUGUCGGAGGAGCUGUACAUCCACAGCAAGGUGCUCAUCGCCGACGACCGGCUCGUCAUCUGCGGCUCGGCCAACCUCAACGACCGAAGCCAGCUCGGGACGCACGACUCGGAAAUCGCCGUCGUCAUCGAGGACCCGGAGCCCGUCGAGAGCAGCAUGAACGGCCGGCCCUUCACGGCGUCCCGCUUCGCCACCUCGCUGCGCCGCCAGCUCUACCGCAAGCACCUCGGCCUGCUGCCGGACCAGCGCUGGGACCAACCCGACGCCAACUGGACGCCCGUCGACCGCGACCCGCAGCAGUACGACUGGGGCUCGCCGUCGGACCGGCUAGUCGAGGACCCGAUGAGCGAGGACUUCUGGCAGCUGUGGACGGGGACGGCGCGCACCAACACCGACGUCUUCACCAAGGUGUUCCACCCGGUCCCCAACGACUGCGUGCGCACCUGGGAGGACUACGAGGACUUCUUCAGCCGCCACUUUACGGUUCCGGGUGGCGACGACGACGGCAAGGACAAAGACAAGCAGGAGGGCAAGGUGGAGUACGGCCACGUCGUGCGCGAGGAGUUCCCCGGCGGCGUGGCCGAGGUCAAGGAGUGGCUGAGCCGUAUCCGCGGCACCCUCGUUGAGAUGCCGCUCCAGUUCUUGAUUGACGUCGAGAACUUGGCGAAGAAUGGUCUUAGCUUCAAUGCCUUCACGGACCAGAUCUAUACUUAACUUAAGAUGUACCCACCCCGUUGGACAUGGCCUAUUUAUUGUAUAGAGCCCCGUACACCGCCCUAGAUAUACGGGGGUUUGGCUAUAGAAAGGCGAGCUUAUCUUGUCUAUGUGCCUCUUCAUCUAGGUAUGUAGGUACGCCAGGUAGGUAGGUAUAGGUGCUUUAUCAAGAAAAAAAUAU